AUGGUCAUUAAGAUCUCUAAUACUUUCACUAAAGCCACCUCCAUUCUCUCUUUAAUCCUCUAUUUUCUAUUAACAACAACAUUAAAUCCCCACUUGGUUUUAGCUGAUGAAGUUAUUGACGAAGAUGACCCAGAGUUUUACAUUCUUGACGAAACUCCCUCGAUUCUUUCAAACGUUACAAUUUCAUCCAAAACCAGGCUACUAGUUUCCCACUACAAGAAGAUCAAGAAAGGAGCAAGAUGUCACGUCGCGAGUUACAACAUUUGCAAUGGAGUAAAAGCCAACAACGGGAAGAGCCUCUUGCAUUGCUGCAAGAAGCAUUGUCGGAAUAUUCUUGGAGACAUGAAUAAUUGCGGUCGAUGCGGUCACAAGUGCGGUUUCGGGCAGCGAUGUUGUGGUGGCGUUUGCACUUACGUUAACUUUAACCCUAACCAUUGUGGGAAAUGCACGAGGAAGUGUAAGUCCGGGGUUAAAUGUGAGUAUGGAUAUUGUGGGUAUGCUUAA